AUGAGUAGACGGAAAACUAAUGCUAAUACUAAAGAAGUCCAAAUUGAUAUAGUUGAUGAAAUCUAAUCUAAAGAAUUGAUGUAUGCACCUGUCAUUUAGAUGUACACAGAUAAUCAAAGUUUGACAGAAAUGCAAGUGGAUUCUAUAACAGGAGUAAUGCAAAAUAUAGAAAUAUUUAAAUCUUGGUGUCCAGAAACAAGCACACUAUUCGAAUUCACAAGGUUAAUAUCAUAAAAUUUGUAAUACGAGAGUUUUCAAAAAUAAAAUGCUGUAUUUGAUUUAGGUGAUCAAGGAGACAAAUUCUAUAUAAUUCUCACAGGAACAGCUGCAGUAUACAUUAAAAGAUAACCGCAACAAAUUGAAACAGAAGAAUAAGAGAUCUAACCUAAAAUUGAAUAGUAUUUAGAAAAAAUGCAACUUAAUUCGAUUUCAGAAAUUGAAUCUCAAUCAAGAUUCUCCUUUUAUGAAAAAUUAAUUAAAAAGUAAACUAAACCACUUAAACAAAUUGAAUCUGAAUUGCUCUUACUAAAUACAGGGAAUUUCGAUAUGUAUUUUACAAACUAUGGAAUUUGUAAAUUCUAAUAGAUCUCUUAACUACAUUCUGGAUAAUACUUUGGUGAUAUGGCAUUAACUACUGAUAAGCCUAGAGCCGCCAGCAUUAUAACUAUUUCUGAUCUAUAAGUACUCUCUCUUAAUAAAUCUAACUUCAAAAAAAUAUUUGAAAAAUAAAUCAAAUCUUAGUAAGAGAAAAUUGAAUAUUUUUUGAGAAUGUUUCCGACAAUGACUAAAUUUAAAAUCAGCAAAUUGAUUAUGUAUUUUUCAUAAUACAAAUAUCCACAAAAUUAUAAGAUUUGGAAAUAAAAUGACUUGGCAGAUGGGUUCUUCUUACUUAAAGAAGGAGAAAUCUAAUUAUAAAAAACAAUUGAUUUUCAUCCAUUUCUAAAACAAGAAUAGAAUCAAUUACCAAUUGAACCUAAAAAAGAUAAAAUUGUAUAAAUUGAUCUAGUCACUUUAGCGAAUUUGACUGAUGGCUGUUUUAUUGGGGAAACCGAUAUUUAUCUCUAGAAUGAAAGAAGAGAUUACACAGUCAAAACAGUUUCCCAAUGCAUUGUAUAUGUCUUAAAUCAUGAUAAUUAUUUGAUAGUUAAAAGAUAAUUCCCAGAAUUUAUUAACCCUCUAUAAUUGCUUUCUUAGAAGAAUGCUAAUCUAUAUAACAAACGAUUGGAAGAAAUCAUAUAAACUAAAAUUUUAAAUCUCAAUUUACAUAAGAGAGAAGAAAGCAAUAUUGUUGAGAGAAGAUACCUAAACGAUAUCGAAAUGAAUUAAUAACGAAAAUUAAUUAAAUCGCCUCAAAUAUCCUCUCCAAUAUUAAGAUCUUCAAUUCAUCCUAAAAUGACAAAAUAACAAAUGGUUGAAUAGAAUCAAUCAAUUGCUUUAUAACAUUCCAAAAGCGAUAAAGUAUCAAAUAAAUAAGAGGAAUUCAAUAUGUUGAAAAUGGCAGGUGAUAAUUUUCAAAAAUGUUUAUUAAUCCGAGUUGAAAAGUAGUUUGAAUAAUUUCAACCAACAAAACCUAAAGGAAAGACUCCUUGUUUUAGUAAGCAUCAAAAAGACAGUAAAGAUUUACUUGAUUAAAUUAAACGUAAUCUCAUACCAAAAGAAAAUAAUCAAUAAGAGGAACCUGAAUAUUAAUAAAAUAGCUUACCUUUUCUUACAAUGAGUAAAAGAUAAUUCCGUAUUACAAGUCCUUAAAUCUAAUAGAAAAUGGAAAUAUUAAAAUAAUGUUUAAGUAAUCCAAUGAGUUCUCAUUCCAAAUCAGUUUCUUAGAGUGUAGAUUAAUUUUAUAAAAUCAAAGCAUAACAAGGAUUUGUAUUAUGUGAUUCUCUUCAUCCAAUACCAGAUCACGGUAGCACUCGAUCAAGAUUUGAUAAAAUAUUUACAAAUGUUAAAAUUACUUCAAGAAACCAAAAAUCAAGUAAACAAAUUUGGAAUUCCUAAAAAAUAUCAAUGGAUGUCAUAGAUACAAAUUUUUUUAGUUCUUAACCUACAGUACAAUACAUAUGA